AUGGAUAAAAUCACAGAGAAAGCAGUGUGAAAUUUAUGCGACCCACCAUUCCUGGUUGUAAGUCAUACAGAAACAUAUUCUGGCAAAUUUAGGCUAAAAAGGAAUUUAUUGGAAACUUUUGGAAAGCUGAUAGAAUUAUAGGGAAGGCUGGAGGAACAGGUGCCAAAGAUGCUUGGUGAUAGGGUCUGCAUGGGGCCUCAUUGUGCUAACCUCGCCAACAAAAGAUAAAGUCACAGUGACACAUGAAACUGAUCACAUUGCCCAAGCAACAUCCUGUUUUCACCGCUGGCACUUACUUUCCCAAGACUAUAAGAUCACCCUACCGUGGGACACCUCUGGCUCUCUCAAGACUACGUGACUGCCAAACUCCACUUGAAGGCUAAAGAUAAGCUAACCACCCCACUUCAGGGGACCCAGUUUCCCUCUACUGGGUAUAAGAAGGAUUCACCAGAAGGGUGGGUUCUUUUCGAGAGCCAAUCACUCUUUCAUUUCGCUUUAAUAAAUCUCCUUUUCUUUGCCUAACUGCCCGGCUUGUUGUCUUCUUCUCCGCACUGGCUUUCCAGUUGGGGAAUCCUGGAGGCUUGAACCGGCAUUAACGUUCUGGAAACUGCCACUAACGCCACUGCUGAAAGGGCUGCCGAUUUGCUGAUACUGGAUGCAGUAAGCUGCUGCCACCUGUGGCCGGCCCCUACACCAGGGAAAACAGCUUCUUCCCGAGGUGAGGCUAAGGCGAGUGACUGUCGGUCCUGGCGAGAGGCGGGCCCACGCCACUGCGCCACAGCCUUCCGCUCUUUAGUACCGGCAUUAGGACCCGGCGUAGAACGGAAUGAGGCUCGGGGGAGGGGCUAGGGGAGGUCUUCGCACGCAGCUGACGUAAUCAGCCCGCGCCAGCAGCGGCCAGGGCUGUGGAGAAACACGUUUCUUGCUGGCCUCAACGCUAACCUAACAUGGCGGCCCGCAUACAGCAGUCUCCUCAGCCUGGCGGCGGGAAACGUAAAGGCAAGGCUCAGUAUGUGCAGGCCAAGCGGGCUCGGCGCUGGGAUGGCGGUGGGCCCCGCCAGCUGGAGCCCGGGCUACAGGGCAUUCUUAUCACCUGUAACAUGAACGAGCGCAAGUGCGUAGAGGAGGCCUAUAGCCUGCUCAACGAAUACGGCGACGAUAUGUAUGGACCAGAAAAGCAGUUUGCAGAUAAGGAUCAACAACCCUCUGAAAGUGAGGGAGAAGAUGAUGAUGUGGAAGCUGCCUUGAAGAAAGAAGUUGGUGACAUUAAGGCAUCCACAGAGAUGAGGCUAAGAAGAUUCCAGUCAGUGGAGAGUGGAGCGAAUAAUGUAGUCUUCAUCAGGACACUUGGGAUAGAACCUGAGAAAUUGGUGCAUCAUAUUCUCCAAGAUAUAUACAAAACCAAGAAGAAGAAGACUCGGGUUAUUCUACGAAUGUUGCCCAUCUCAGGCACAUGCAAGGCUUUCUUAGAAGAUAUGAAAAAAUAUGCAGAAACAUUUUUGGAACCAUGGUUUAAAGCUCCAAACAAAGGAACAUUUCAGAUUGUAUACAAAUCUCGGAAUAACAGCCAUAUGAAUAGAGAAGAAGUUAUCAAAGAAUUGGCAGGAAUAGUAGGCAGCCUCAAUUCGGAAAAUAAAGUGGAUCUUACCAAUCCACAGUACACAGUGGUAGUAGAAAUCAUUAAAGCUGUCUGUUGCCUGAGUGUUGUGAAAGAUUACAUGUUGUUCAGAAAAUACAAUCUCCAGGAGGUGGUGAAAAGUGCUAAGGACUUGUCACAGCUUAACCCAAAGCAGGCAGCACAAACAGGAAAUGGGAAAGAAGCUAAAUUGGAAUCUGGUGACAAAUCGAGUCAAAAUGACCCAGCAGAAGGAAAAAAUAACCAGCAAGUGGUACCAGAGAACAGUGAGGAGCUGGGUCCAACAGGAUCAAUAUCUGAGACACAGGUGGUGAAUGAGGGGGUGGCUAAACCUAAACCUGAACUUGCAAGUCAAGUCACAGAAGGAUCUGAAUCAAAUGAAAAUGAUCUCUGAUAGGAAAAGAAAUUGUUCGGUGUUGGAGGUGGAUUUUUCAACUGCAGUUUUGUGAGAUAUUGCUGGGAUUCCGUAUAAAAUUGUGACUAAAAAUACUGUUUUCGAUAUUGA